UAAAAGUAUUUAUGUGCUGCCAGAAUGCAGUCCCAGUCAGUCCCUGUUGACAAUAAUUUAUACAAUUAUUCUUGCCAGGGUUCAAGGGUGCAGUGAUGUGGGACCCAAACACUCUUGUGAGUGAGGACUGUCUGUACCUAAACGUUUGGACCCCAACUGUCGAUAAAACAAAUCCACCACUUCCUGUAAUGGUCUGGAUCUAUGGAGGUGGAUUCACUGGAGGAACCGCCUCUCUGGACCUUUAUGAUGGCCGCUUCUUGACUCAAACUGAAAAUGUUAUUGUAGUGUCAAUGAAUUACAGAAUCGGUGCUUUUGGUUUCCUGUCCCUUCCUGACAACAAGAACGUCCCAGGAAAUGCAGGUCUAAAGGACCAGCAGUUGGCCCUCAAGUGGGUAUCCAAAAAUAUUGCUGCUUUUGGAGGUGAUCCUUCACAGGUGACUAUAUUUGGGGAGAGCGCUGGGUCUGGAUCUGUGGGUUUCCAAGUGUUGUCCCCUGGGAGCCAGGAGUAUUUCCAAAGGGCUAUAAUGGAGAGUGGUGCUCCUAACGCACCCUGGGGCACAAUGAGCCAUGAAGAGAACUGGGCCAGGUAGCGUGUACACAUGUAUUUUUCACUUUGAGUCUUUACUUCGUUAUAUGUCUGUCCGUCUGUCUU